CCAGGACUAUGAGGGGGGGGCAUGUGGACCCCUCGUAGCCCGACUGGGACUGGACCGAACACUCCACGCAGAAUUCAGAACUGUGGAAUAGCCUACGCUGGAUCAUGGGUUUCGUGGAAUUAUUGAUGGUCUGUGCCAUUCUACCGAUAUGUUGUUUGGCUGGACAAGGUGCCCCAGAACGCCACUCACUGUACUAUGUGUACACAGCCCUGUCAAAGGCUGUCAACGCACCAGGCAUCUUUGAAUUUACUGCCAUGGGCCUACUGGACGACAGAAAGAUUGAUUACUAUAACAGCAAAGACAAAGUCAAGAUUCCUCAACAGGACUGGAUGAAAAAAAAGCUUCCAGCGGACUACUGGGAAAAGGGCACCCAGUCACGUAAAAGCAAAGAGCAAUGGUUCAAAGUCAAUGUGAACAUUCUGAUGGAACGCAUGAGACAGAAUGGAUCUGAUGUUCAUGUCCUUAUGUGGAAACAUGGUUGUGAGGUUGACAAAAUGGCAGAUGGUUCUGUCAGGUUUGUUCGCGGUGUGGAUGCAUACAGCUAUGAUGGAAAGGAUUUCCUUUCCUUUGAUGAUAAUUCAAUGCAGUGGGUUGCCCCAGUUACUGAAGCUGUACCCACAAAACAGAAGUGGGAUGGGGUUCCCAUCCUGAAUCAGUACACAAAGGGCUACCUGGAGAAGGAGUGCGUGGACUGGCUGGAGAAGUUCAGAACAUAUGGGGAUGAAGAAUUAAAACAACAAGUGAACGUUUCUCCACCAAAGGUUCAUCUUUUUGGUAAAGCAGACAGAUCUUCAAAUACACUCAAGUUGACCUGCAUGGCCACAGGUUUCUACCAAAAAGAAAUUGAAAUCACCAUUCUGAAAGGAAAGGAGGUAAUAAAGAAAGGUGAUAUUGGGGAUGUUUUGCCCAAUGGCGAUGGAACCCAUCAGAUCAAAUUGAAUGUGGAGGCCCAAAGGUCAGACAUGGAUGAUUAUAGAUGUGAGGUGUACCACAUAGGCCUGGAAGAACCAAUUACGAAAGUUUGGACCUUGGAUGGAGAAAUGUGUGAUGGUACCUCCGCAUUCUUGAUUGGAGCGGUAUUGGGAGGGCUGGCAGUGCUGAUACUAAUCACGUUGAUCUUGGUGUUCAUUGCUUUUAAAAAAGGCGUAAUUGAGUACAAUGGUGGUCUCAAAUACAAUGGUAUUUUUGCAGGGACACGGACAAUAAUCAGAAAUCCAGACCUAGACCCUUCACCAGCAGUGGUGAUACCAUCAGUGGCGGGUAACGUGAACACACCUUUGUUGGGUAAUGGACAAGCAAAUGCGUCCACUGGACAAGAUGUAAAUGGCACAGGAUCAACAGUGAUUGGGAUUGGAACCACACUUUUGCAGGAUGGAAGUGGAAAAUUGGAGGAAAACACUGAUUCUGGUAAUUCAUCUGAAGGAUCAUCCAGAAGCAGUGCUGAAAACGUUUCUGCAGACGUGAAGGAAGGUGGUAAUGAUGAUUCUGGUAGAGGAAGUCCUGAAGGAUCAACCAACAGUGCUGAAAAAUAAAACAUUAACAUGAACGGCUGUCUAUACACCAAUCCGCCGCGAACUUUAUGGGCGCUGCCAUCUUGCCUGCCGCCAUUACUGCGUGCCUGCGGAGUGUGACUGUGUGACACUAAGCCGGUGCCUUCUAAUGGCUUUUCAAUGAAAGCAUCCUGUCAGAGAAUAUCAAAUGAGAUCCUGCUCAUGAAAAAAUGUCAGCUGAAAGGGAACAUUGGGUAGAUGAUGUCAGGCAGUGGCCAAAACUUAACGAUUAAGGUAAUUUAUUGACAACAUAAUGUAUUAAGACGUGUAUUAAUUAAUGACAACAAUAAACUGAAUUCUAUCAUUA